UUGAUGCAGAGGACUCGUCCUACAUCUACGAGGAUAGACUAGAAAAGAAGUUUGUGGCUGUUUGGAAUAAGCUGUGUCUGGCAAAAAAACCGAAAAACCAGCACUGGGCGUCCCACAGAAAGACGCUUCACGUAUCGUGGCAGUCGAUAUCCUGAGGUUAACAAGCGAAUUGAACGGUUGAUCAACAGGAAAAAAAUGUUUCCAGAUUAUUUUGACAUUCGGAAAAUAUUUUGUAAAGUCAAUGAAGAACAAUCUCUUAAUCUGAGCACCGGUGCUAUUGCCAGCUUGUCGAAGGAAGCAUUCAUUGAUGUAGGAAAUAUUCUACAGAAGAGACGUCAUGAAGAUUUUAUCUGCACAUUUAAAAGCAAGCAAACAGAAAGCUUCAGAAUAGAUAAAGAUCCAGCAUUACACGACAAAGAAUUAAAACGCAAGUUGGAGGAGAACCGUCAAAAGGGAAAGAACAAAUUAGCAGAAGUGAUUAACAAGUACGCAGACCUGCAGUAUAACAUCCCGGAGAAAGAGGAGAGUUCCGACGAGGACGUGUCACAGGAGUCCGCCAUUGACGUCGACGAUUUCGACCUGGAUGAACUAAGUGAUGAGGAAGUCAGUAUUGACAAAAAAGGAUCAACAUAUAGUCACAGCAAGCCUGAUAAACCUGAACGGAGAAGAGUAGUUUUGACAUAUUUAUCUAUCUCUGAUGAUGAAGUUAGUACUGAGAAAGAAGGAAAACAAGCUGCAAAAUGCAAGGAAACGAAGCAGUGUUUAUCUCUUUCUCACAGUGAUGUUAGUGUUGAAAAUGAAAAAGGACCAAUAGCCAGUGACAACCUGCCUGAUGAAUUUAAACCAAGGGAAGUAACUUGCCCAGAGUCUGAGAGGUAUUUGUGUUUGUCUGAUGAGGACAUAACUGCUGAAAAAGAAGAUCAGGUAACAUGCAAGAAACCGAAGCAGUAUCUAACUCCUUCUGGUGAAUUUAAACCAAGGGAAGUAACUUGCCCAGAGUCUGAGAUGUAUUUGUGUUUGUCUGAUGAGGACAUAACUGCUGAAAAAGAAGAUCAGGUAACAUGCAAGAAACCGAAGCAAUAUCAAACUCCUUCUGGUGAAAUUAAACCAAGGGAAGUAACUUGUCCAGAAUCUGAGAGGUAUUUGUGUUUGUCUGAUGAGGACUCUGAAAAAGGAGAUCAAGUAACAUGCAAGAAACCGAAGCCAUAUCUAACUGUUUCCUGGGAAAUUAAACGAAGGGAAGUAGUAUGUGUGGAGUCUAAGACAUAUUUAUCUGUUUCCGAUGAGGAAGACUGUGCUGACAAAUCAGACUUAAGCAGUGUAACACCAGCCAAGGUGGACAGUGUGGAAACUGAGGUUGAAGAGAUUCAACCAAGGAGUACUGACCGAAAUAUCUGGCCCGAACCAAAAAGGGUGACACUUGUCGUGAAGGCAUUUAAUGAGAGAAAAGACGAACCAAGUGUGAAUAGUGAAAAUGUGAAAAAGUUCAAUGCCGAUUCAGUGAGCAAUAAAAUCAAAGUUGUAGAUAUUAAUGAGGAAAGUUGUACGACUGGAGACAACGAAACAUCAGGCAGCGCAAUUCCUUCAUGCAACAAAGUGCUAGUUCUAGACCUUACUGACGACGAGAGUUACAUUUAUGAAACCUCAGAGCGAAAGUCAAGGUAUGAAAAUCAAGUUUGUAAAAACAAAGACACCAUUGAAGAGAUUCCUGGUAAAGAUAAGGAUGCUGGAUUACAAGCAACAUUAGAUUCUAAGAUUUCAGAAAAUCAUAUUGGAGAAAUGUUUGAAGAUGAAUUACCUGAUGUGGAGGUCAUAGAUGAUGGUAGUGACAUCAAUGUGAAACCAUCUGUCAGUACUGAAACCUCAAAUGAAAAUUCCAUUAAUAACAAGGAUGUUGACACUGGCACAGCAGACAAGGAACCCAUUGUUGAGAUUGACGAUGAGGAUGAAGAUGAUGAUGAUAUUUCUGAAAUUUCGAAGGAAAAAUCAGUCACUGACAAUAAGCUAGAUGAAGAAGAGGAAAGUGUUGUGGAGAUUACCGAUGAUAUUACUGAUACUCAAGCAAUUAAAAUUUUGUCAGACGAAAGGCCUGUAGACCGUAUCUGUGGAAGGUCAAACACUAAAGCUGAUAUCGCCAAUACUCUCAAAGCUGACUCUGCAGCCUGUGAGAAACCAGUCUCUCCUACCACGGCCUCUAGUGACAGCUGCAAGGACACAUCACCAUCCUCAUCCUCACCAUCAUCCAUAUCAAGGAUAGUUACUCUGAUGGAUAAAAAAAUCCAACUUCACAUUCCAAAGUGUCUUCUGAAGAAGACCAACAACAAAGGAACUGCUCAGGUCAAGUCACAUUUCCAGGUCUCCACUUUGAAAUGUGAACAGCGUCUAAACAGCGGUCUCGUUUCCAUGGAAACCAGCACCGACAGCACAGAGGUGAACAUUGUGUCUUCUAGUAAUAUUCCUGCUGACAAUGAUGUCAUUUUGGUGUCAUCUGGCAACUUUGAGGCCAUUGAUGAUGAUGAAAUAAUUAUUUUGUCAGACUAAUAUGCACUCCACCUCCAGCAAACAAUGUGAUGCAAUAACAACAGUACUAAUUUUAUUAUUUAUCAAACUUGUGCCUUUUCAGGUGAUUUUAUCUGAAUUAUAUUUUAUAUGUUAUAUAAAUGGAGGAUAAUAUUAAUAAACAAGUUAACAGUUUGUAUCAGAUUUAUGUCCUGGUGGAAAUAAUUUUCACAAAUGAAAAUACAUAGGGACAUGCAGAUUUUGUAAGUUUUCUAUUUGCCAGUAUUACCUCCAGCUAUUUAUGUUAUUUCUAAAAUCAUUUUAUUUUUGAUAACCAAACACGGACAUGUUAUUGAAAUGAUGUAAACCAGUUUUUAGUUUUUAAUUUAGGUGGAAGUUUAGGUUUUAGACAUUUAAAUUAUUUUAUACCUGGUUUUUUCUUGUAGGAUAUGUAAAAUAAAACAGAGAAGAAUAUUACAUUUGUGUCUGUUAGAUAAAAUUGAUCAAACAACAUGUCUUGUUUAAAAACAUCCAACUUGCUUUUGCUUGUAAGAUAUAUUUUAAAACAACUUGUAUAAAUGGUAGCUAACGGCUACUCAUGUAGUAUUCUCUGUUUAUACACUCUUUUGAGUAUUGCUAUGAAACAAGUUCAAGGAUAAUUUUCGAAAACCAAACUAUUUGUUUUUUCUUUAAAAAAAUCCAUAACGACUUGUAUUAAAAUAAUAUGGUCGUAUUUAGUACUGACAAGGGCAUUAGUUUGUAAGCACUACAUGGUCCCAAUACUAUUCUUUACACCAAUGCAUGAUAAUUUCUUAGAAAUUAUAAUUUUUAUUUUUUUCAGUUACGAGUGUGUGUCUAUGACGGCCACUUUGAGGUCCCCAAAAUGCAUUUCACUAUGUAUUUUUACCAUAAGCUUACGGGGGGGGGUGGGGGGCAAGCUGACUUUUGUCCGAAUUAAACGAAAAUGCCCAAAUCUGGAUGACGACAUUUAUUCAUUACUACCAAACAGCUAUAUAGGGUUGAAAACGAAUCACUGCUCAUUUGUACAUGAAUUACAACUAAUGCUGAGGGUAGAAUGAUGGAAAUACAUGUACAUGGUAAAAUAGUCUCAGGUUAGCACAUUUUGCCAGAAUAUCAUAAUUUUUACUUGAAUUUGAGGUUUUGCUUCAGCACUAGAGGGGUAGUUACCCCCCCCCCCCCCACCUUCUCCACCCUGUUUCAUAUGCUUAUGGUUUUCACUCUGUAUGACAACCACCUGCUAAACGCAGCCACAGCCACUAUUUUCUGUUACUUUUAUUUAAUUUCAACUUAUUUUCGUGCAUGUAUCCAAUUAAGGUUCAAGCACGCUGUCCAGGGUACACACCUCAGCUAUUUGGGCUGUCUGUCCUGGACAGUGAGUUGGUGGUUAGUGAG